AUGUACCUAUUUUAUCUUAACCGACAGCUUGAACUUCAAGCGCUGCUAGUAGUCAUGGACAUUGCUUUUGCAAUUUUUACCUAUCUUUUACUCGAAUUAUUAUCCAUUAUCAACAACCCAGCAACCCAAGUUGUUUCCACUUUCACUUCUCUUGGAGGUAUCUACGACUACGUUUCCGCUGAGUUACUACGUUGGCGGCUGAGGAAAAGUUGUAAAAACCGUCCAUCAUACUUUGUUGACCACGAUACCUCUUCUUCCACAAAUGAACUUUUGACCAGAGAUUUACCAGAAUCCCAUUCAAAGAAAAAUGCUGUUCGUUAUUUCCAUUUUUUAAUUUUUUCAUUUUGCAUCAUCGUAGCAACUUACGGUUCUCAAAUCAUCAGCUUGGUCCUUGCUAAUAGAGUUCAACCAUCAUAUGAAAACAAACGUUUAUCAAUGAAAUUUGCAUCCAUCAAAAACCCAAAUACAACUUUUCAUAAAGAUAAUACCUUGAUCCCGUCGGAUUUUGACAUCAACACUGGAUGGCCGAGAAAUCAAAUAAUGUACAACCUUAAUGUGGAUUAUAAAUAUAUAAACAACUACCAAGACAAUCUUCCUCAGUAUACAGUAGAAGAAGUAGGUAAUGAUGUUUCUAAUUACUUAAUGGGUGGUCAGUUAUUUUCAAAAACAACAAGUUUCGGUAACACUGUGAGUUGUGGGUUUGGCGAUCGUUGGUCCAAUGCUGUUCUCAAAAAGGGGUCUGAGAUCAACAGUUUAACUCUUCCAAUUGUACCUCUUAUUCCGCAAAUUUGGUGUAUAGAUAACGGAUCAAGCAACAAUGUCACAAAUAUGAAUAUGAAAUUGAAUCCUAAUUUUAUGUUUAGUCCUGGUGAAAAUUUUACAUUUUUCGGAAUUGACGAACAGAAUAAUAUAAUUUAUUCAAGCACACUUUCUUAUGAGAAAUCAAAUUAUACACAGAUUUCAGUGACUGGAAGUCGAAAUAUGACACUUGAAAAUAUAAAAGGCAUGUUUUCACAUUUAAACAAUAGUCUUUUAGGGGUUGAUUCCAAUGUCGGAUUUAAUAAGGAUAAUACUGCUAGUGAUUGGGUAGUUUCCCAUAAUAUCACCGAAGCUCUUGAAACUUUUGUAUAUCUUUAUCAGCAAACAUCCAUCAGCUUCACAUUAAUAUUUUUUCUAAAAGAAAAUAGUCCAACAAUAUUACCAAAUGGAACUUUAUACAACCGAGUUUCUUUAGGAUAUCUUUCAACUGAAAAUCAAUUGACAGUCACCCAAGCAUUUUACAGAAUUCGAAGAAUUGAAAAUAACAUCACAGAUCCCGUUAGUAGCAUUAAAAGUCUUUGGGUAAAUACAACCACAGAAAAAGUUCGUUUUGCAAAUGUGCAUAUUCUGCCGCUUGUGGCCAAUAUUAAAACAGGUCCUUUUAUCCAUGGAAUUAUUAGCAAAGUACUUGAUAUAACAGUUGAAGGUAACAACCAUCAAUUUGUAUACUAUGGUGAAAUUCGUUAUAAUGUCACUACCAUUGUUGCUUCUAUUACUGCAGUGGUUACUAUGAGCAUUAUGAUAUUUUUAUUUUGUAAAUGUUUGUUAUUUGUGGUUCCUCAGGGUAUUCCGACAUAUUAUGGUCUCUUGCGUGCUUACCAUGAAGAAAGAAAAGUUUCAAGGGGAGAAUAUCCAGAAAAAAUAGAAUUUAGUAGAAUCCUCGAGGUGGUAGACGAAAGUGCAUACGAAGGAGUUGGGUAUUAUGAUCAAAGAAUAAAGGUUGGGGUAAUCAAUAAAGAAACUUACAAAGAGGGUAAUAGAAAGUUUGGGUUUUUGCGUAAUUGGAUGCCUGAGAAUAUACGAAACAAUAUGUGA